AUGAACACCAUGCAGGCAUUUAAAAUUUUCGCCCUUCUUUUGUGCUACACAAUUUUAAUCCAAUACGAAUCAAAUAAUCGAAAAAGGAAUUUGUCACUCAUCCAGUUUGUACAUUCCUUUGCUAAAAAGAAAGUGUGCACAUCUUCAUCAGAUGAUUCCACAUGUCGACUAGUAGCUUUUGGAGAAUUAGAUGUUUCUAACAAUUCUGUAUUGAGGUUGAAAAUAUUAAGGUCGGAUGGAAAAGGGUACUUUUUAACUAUUCGAAGAGACUAUGUAACAAUUUCCUAUUAUCUCAAAUAUAUGAAAGAUAUUCCAUUUCAAUAUAGAGAAGUAGUAGACGUAUUUAAUAACCAAAAAUUUAAAAAGUAUAGUGAGAGAAAUAUUCAGGAAUAUACAUACAGAUGCAAUAUUCGUAAGAUAGAAGAUAUAAAUAAAACGGUUGGAAAUUUCCCACCUCAUUUUCUUGAAUAUAUGAAAGGGGAAGCAUGCACAUGUCAAUCGUACAAUUUAUUUAGGGAUAAUAAAGAUAUAAAGAGGUCUAAAUUAAAAUGUAUUUAUUUCAAUAUGUUUUUCUCUGAUUCUGCCUUGGUUUAUAGUAGGCACUGUGCUAUUAUGGAUUUAUCUCACUAUUCUGUAUAUGAUAUUGAUUAUCCACCAAUAUUUAACACACAUGUUGAUAUAACUUUGCAAGAAUAUUCAUAUGAUGAUGUCACAAGUGUUUUAAACAAAAAGCACGAUUUGGUUACAAAAGAAAAGAAAUAUGAAUUAAAUGAUACGAUAACAGAAAUUAGAGAUGAUUACUUCGAUUUAUGGUUACUUUUGAGAAGUGAAUUUCAUGGAAAAAAAUCUUUAAUUAAUCUAUCUAAUGAUUAUAUUCUGAUUCCAUCAUCACCUAUUGAUGAUAUAGAUGUGAUAGCUAGCGAUGUCACUAGAAAUUGUGGUUUAAAUGAUGAUUCUCCUCUCUUAAAAGGUUGUGAUUAUCAUGGAAUAUGUGACACUAUUCAUCCAUGUUUGAGAAAAGCCCUAAUGUUACCUAAGUAUCUUUUCGAUUUAAGUGGAAAAACUUGUGAUAAGUUAGGUGUAUCUUUAAAUAAAUGGAGAGAAGCUCAUGGAAAUUUCUGUGGUAAAACUGCAGGACAUUGCAUUUCAGCUAAUCUACGUAGAUACUACAACGAACAUAAAGCAGCUAUGGAUACAGAUGGUGCAUCAAAAUAUAAAAUUAAAAAUGUAUAUGCAUCAGAACCACAGACAAGGUUAUAUAAACAUACUGACUUACCAGAUUAUUUAAAAGAAAAAAUUAAUAAUAGUCAUAAAAAAGUGGAUACUAAUGAUUUAGAUAAUAAGGUUUUUUAUAAUGAAAAAACAGCUGCACAUACCCAAUUUAUUGAAUAUAAAUUUAAUGGAAAUCAUGAUGUUGAAAUUAAAUUCGAAACUAGUGCACUUGAAGUGUAUGAAAUAAGACCCAUAUCAAAUGCAACUAUUACUCAUAUUACUACACCAAAAAAGUGUUCAUCUAAUCAAUCAGAAUCCAAAGAUUGUGUACUAAUUGUUCAUACAUGGAAUAAUAGUAAAAAUAUUGGAUCUAAUUUUUCUUGUCAUGUAAUAUGUACAGAUAAGGAAACAGGAAAAAUAGCUAGUCAUAUUAGCCCUAUCAGUCCAAUACACGCGUUUAUUGAUGCUAAUAAAAAUUAUGCUUUUUAUUUUAUUAUCCAAUUUUUAAUAAAUAAAGAAACUCAAACGGCAUGCAAAGCUGUUCUUAAAGGUGCAGAUGGACGUGAAUGUUCCAAGGAGGAUUUUGUAUUAACGUCAAAAGAAAUGAUUCAUGUAGUAGAUGAUGUUGUGAAAGAAGUAGUAGCUGAAACUAGUGUAACAAAGUACGAUAGUGAUUCUGAUUCUGCAGGUGAUUCUACUAAUGACACAUGCAAGUGUGCCUUUGAGGUGUUCUGUUACUUGUUUAAUUUUCAAAAAUGCAUUCAUUAUUAUACAAAAUUAAUAAAAGAAUUAAUCAGAAAGUUUUUUAUAAUUGUUAUUUUAAUUAUCCUUGCACCAGCCUUAAUCCCACUCAUCCCAUUUUUCAUCAAAUUUAUUUUCGCAUUUCUAUCCGUUGUACUUAAAAUUUAUCACUCAUUUUUAGUUGCCUUGCAAAAUAUCAAACUCAAGAAACGGUUAAACAUACGCAGAAACAAAAACAAAUCGAAAAAAUUAGAGAAAACAUGCGUUUCAUCAUCCUUUUCUUCCUCUUCCAUAAUCGAAACAAGUAGCAUUUCUUCCAUGUCUCAAAAAGGUGCUAAUAAAAAUAAUUCGUUCCAUAUGAAGAAGUUACAGAAAGGUGGCGGAUAUAAGCAAGAUAUGCACAAAAAAAAGAAAAAAAAGGGGAAAUUGCAUAAAAACCCUUGUGGUUCAGGUAGCGAUUUUAGCAAACGUAAUGACACUUCUUUAAAAAGAACAUUAGCAUAUUCGUCUCAAUAUGCUAGUUCUAUUAGCUUAAGUCAUUCGGAUAAAUCUUCUAAUUUUAAUACUCGUACACCUUAUCGUGGACAAAAAAGGAGUAACUAUAAUGUUUAA